UACACCAUGACCUAUAAGUGUCCAUUUCAAAAACGCCACAACAUCAAGACUUUGAACGUUUUAUAAUAUUUUUUCACGGAUGUGAAGUGACCGUUGGUUGCAAAGACAGGAAGAGUGGAAUGGUGGGAAGAGGCACACGGGGGUGGUAGAAGCGUCCAGGCAGCCCAGUAGGGUGUACAGUCAGUGAGGCUCUCGGUCCGGGACGAGGCAGCACACAGGAAACCCUCGCACACUUUGGGAUUCUGCUACAUAUUUUUGUAAACUCUGGUUAACAUGAAACGCUUAUGUUUUCCCAUCCUUUCAUGGAUGUGUUUAUGUGCACUUUCCUCGCUGGUGAACUGUGAAGAUCAGCGUAUCCCGGAGGAUAAACUUUUAGUUUUGACUGUUGCAACCAAAGAGACAGAUGGCUUCAGGCGUUUCCUGAGGUCGGCUAAGCACUUCAACUACACUGUAAAAGUGCUCGGCCAAGGCGAGAAGUGGAGGGGAGGUGAUUACAUGUCGGCUCCAGGAGGAGGUCAGAAGGUUCGCUUGUUGAAAGCUGCUGUGGCGGAGAUGAAGUCCAAGGACCAGGUCAUCCUCUUUAUCGACAGCUACGACGUGGUUUUCGCCUCGGGUCCUAAAGAGCUUCUCAGGAAGUUCCAGCAGGCCAAACACAAGGUGGUGUUCUCCUCGGAGAGCCUCAUCUGGCCAGACAGACAUCUGGAGGACAAGUACCCCCAUGUCAGGGAGGGCAACAGGUUUCUGGGUUCAGGAGGUUUCAUGGGCUACAUUCCCAACAUCAGAGAGAUGGUCGCUAACUGGACGGGAGCAGACAGCGACAGCGACCAGCUCUUCUUCACUAAGGUUUACAUAGAUCCAGCUAGAAGGAAGGCCUUAAACAUCACCCUGGACACCAAGUGCAGGUUGUUCCAGAACCUUCAUGGAGCUCUUGAUGAGGUGGUGCUGAAGUUUGAAGACGGUCGAGUUCGGGCCAGAAAUGUCCAAUAUGACACCCUGCCCGUCAUCCUCCAUGGGAACGGACCAACUAAGCUCCAGAUGAACUACCUGGGUAACUACGUCCCCAACUCGUGGACGUUUGAGACCGGUUGCACCGUUUGCCUCGAGAACCUGCGCUCACUCUCAUCCCUGAAGGAAAGUGAGUACCCUCUGGUGGUGAUCGGGAUCUUCAUUCAGCAGCCAACGCCAUUUGUGUCCGUCUUCUUCGAACGUCUCCUGAAGCUCCAGUACCCGAAGAACAGACUCAAGCUCUUCAUUUCCAACCAGGAGCCUCAUCAUGAGCAGCAGGUCAGCUCCUUCCUGCAGAAUCACGGGAGUCUGUAUCUGGAUGUAAAAUCCAUCCGACCCGAGGAGGAGAUGGACGGAGCAGAUGCUCGUGACAUGGCCUUUGACAUGUGCCGGAAAGACAAGGAGUGUGAUUAUUUCUUCAACUUGGACAUUGAGGUGGUCCUAAAGAACGAGAACACAUUGAAAAUCUUGAUUAAGCAAAACCUGCCCAUCGUGGCGCCCAUGAUAACUAGAGUGGGCCGACUGUGGAGCAACUUCUGGGGGGCGCUCAGCGCGGACGGAUACUAUGCCCGUUCUGAGGACUACGUGGACAUCGUCCAAGGACGGAGAGUGGGUUUGUGGAAUGUGCCGUACAUUUCCAGCGUCUACUUGGUGAAGGCGAGCCUGCUGCAGGCAGAGCUGAAGGACUACCAGCUGUUUACCUCGGAGAGCUUAGACCCCGACAUGGCUUUCUGCCACAACGUUCGCAGCAAGGGUGUCUUCAUGUACGUAAACAACUUACACACAUUUGGCCGCAUUCUGUCGACAGAGAAGUACAGGACAGAACAUCUUCACAAUGAUCUGUGGCAGAUCUUUGAAAAUCCUCUGGACUGGCAGGAACGUUACAUCCACGAGAAUUACACCCGCAUGAUUAAGGACAAACUGAUUGAAAAUCCGUGUCCAGACGUUUACUGGUUCCCAUUGUUCAAUGAUGUGGCCUGCGACCAUCUCGUUGAAGAAAUGGAACACUUUGGCAAGUGGUCAGGAGGGGGAAACAUGGAUACCAGAAUCCAGGGGGGCUAUGAGAACGUCCCCACCAUCGACAUCCACAUGAACCAGGUCAACUAUGAAAAGGAAUGGCAAAAGUUCUUGCUGGAGUUUGUUGCACCCAUAACAGAGAAAAUGUUCCCUGGGUACUACACCAAGGCUCAGUUUGACUUGGCCUUCGUAGUUAGAUACAAGCCAGACGAGCAGCCGUCUCUGCGGCCGCAUCAUGACGCCUCCACAUUCACUAUAAACAUUGCACUCAACCAAGUCGGCAUUGACUACCAGGGUGGUGGAUGCCGCUUCCUCCGAUACGACUGCUCCAUCCAGGCCCCCCGGAAAGGCUGGGCCCUCAUGCACCCCGGCCGCCUCACUCACUACCACGAAGGCCUGCCCACCACUGCGGGGGUCCGCUACAUUGCAGUGUCCUUUGUGGACCCCUGAACUUCACCACCGCAUAUUCCAGACUGAACGGGACACUGUGACACCCAAAAUAAUCUUUGUUUUUUAUCCCUGUCUCCGAAACAUUUCUAAUUAGUUCAAUCACCGAUACUCCCUCCAUGUUAACUGUAAGCUUUAGUUCGUCAUCAUUUACUAACUGAGCUGGGGAAGUUUUAAUUCUGACAUGUGAAAACACAACUUAGUGGGAACGUAAAGAAGGUGGGAUCUAAAGAUUUCUCAACAAAUCGUGCCUUAUUUGAAGCAGUUUUCCCAGUCUGCACCUGGAUCCAGUCAGCCUCGAGGCAGGUUCUCAUGUCUCAUUGAUUCACCAGUGGGGUAAAAUCAUGUUAGUUUGGAAGUGGGAGUUGAGAAUGACAUUUCACCUGAUCUGUGUCCCAGUUAGAGUCCCAG